UAUCACUUCAGGAAGUUGAAAUAUUUCGCUGCAACGUACAAGUUUUUAUUGGUGUGACUUAUUGGAGGAAAUAGUAAUACCCAAAAUGUAUAGGCAGCAGUAUCCAGGUGACCCGGGAAUGCACAACAUGGGAGGUAACUCUCACACACGUGUGUCGUACCGCCACAACCCGACAUUCUUUGAGCGUAUUGGAAACAGUUUAGUAGGAAUCUUAGUUGGACUUGUUAUCCUCACUGGAGCAUCCUGUCUUGUUUUCUGGAAUGAGGGUCGUGCUGUCCAAACGGCCAAGUCACUUGACGAGGGUCUCAGAGUUGUCCUGCCACUCGGUGCAAACGAAGUGGCUUUUGAUGAAAACAAUGGAAAGCUUGUUCACAUCUCUGGACUGCUCAGAACUGACAAGAUGUUAGAAGAUUCUUUAUAUAAGAUUUCCACACCAUCGGUGAAGCUGAAGAGAAAAGUAGAGAUGUACCAGUGGGUUGAACAUGAGACAAAACGGGAAUAUAAUGAAGGAGGACAAACGAGAGUAGAGACAACAUACUCUUAUUCACAAGAAUGGAGUUCAGACCUAAUAAGAAGUUCGUCCUUUGACAACUCUGUCAGCCAUGUUAAUCCUGAGUCAAUGUCUGUGCAGUCACUCACCCUUGUGGCUCACGAGGUUAGAGUUGGGAACUUUUUCCUUUCAAACAGUCUUGUUGAGAAGAUAACGGACUACAAGCCUCUGAAUUUACCAGGGCCCUCCCCCGGGAGACCCCACCACCAAGUUUUUCAACGGAGCUCUCUACCACAGUGUCAACCCCACACAGCCCCAGGUUAUGUGGGAGACUUGAGAGUCACAUUUGAGUAUGCUGGAUUGAGUGGUGACUCAGAGCUGGGACCGCCUGCUCAGGUCAGCAUUAUUGCCAAGCAACAUGGGAGACAACUGGUUGAAUAUCGGACUGAGGCAGGAAAUAACCUUGAGAUUCUUCAUUUCGGCAACCUCAGUCCCAAGGAAAUAUUUGGUCUUGAGCAGGCUCAAAACUCCAUGUUGACCUGGGCCAUUCGGUUUGCUGGCUGGCUCAUGAUGUUUGUAGGGUUUGGAUGUCUCACCAGUAUUGUCACAACUUUAGUUGACUGGUUGCCCAUUAUACGAGAGUUGGUUGGAAUGGGCGUGGCUGUCAUGAACCUGUCCCUGUCAAUCAGCCUCUCUUUGACAGUGAUUGCUCUAGGGUGGAUCCGGUACCGCCCAUGGCUUGGCUGUGCUAUUCUGGCUAUGGCGCUAACACCGUUAUUUCUCUCCAGAUUCCGAUUCCGACAGUCCAGUCACUCGUAUAACAGCUACAGAGGAAGAUAAACGUUGUAAUGACGCUUUAUGAGUUUGUCUCAUGUUAAGUUGAUCUCUGGGAGUACACUAAAUCGUGGAAAAAACCCUAAAAUUAUUUUGGAUUAAUUACUAGUGUAUUGUUUUUGUCAUCAUAGAUGAUAGGUGGUUACAGUUAUUUCUAUUCCCACCACGGUAUCCUCCCAUUUGUUACACAUCCCGUUUCUUACACACCUUAUAACAACAUAGGUCCUGACUGAGUGAACUGCUAAUCCUAUACCUUCUACCUAGUAUGCAAUAAUGGACUCACCUUCUGUUAACAAUUAAGACACAAGAACACAACACAUAUUCACAUUUAUUUAUUACAAAUUAUCUAUUUACUAUGUGAUUAUAGAGAAUCUCUGCUUGUAGCUGAUGUACUGUAAACUGGAAUAAUAUUGCUCACGGUUUCAGUUGCUAACAAUUAAGACCCCUGUUAGAAGUAAAACUGUUUAUGAAGUAAAACAAUACGCUUGAAUUUUUUAGUUUUUCCCCGAUUUACAGUAUGCAUAUCAAUUUACAAAUGCAUACAUGUAUUAUGUACCAAUGUGAUUGGUUUGAUGGAAUAAAGUUGAAUUGAAUUGAACAGUUGAAUUGGACUAGGGUGUUCCACUAAGGUUAAUAGGGUUUCACUUAAUUAGUCCCUAAGCUGACUGUGUAAGAACUGGGAAUAUGUAGGUGUGUAACAAAUGGGAUGUGUAACAGAUGGGAGAUAACCCCUACCACCAGUAGAGCGCAACCAAUUAACAAUAAUUGAUUAAUAAUAACUGCCAUCAUUGUUCAUUGUUUUUGUUAAUUAUAUUUUGUGUUCACCUUCAUUCUGAGAUACGAGAGUGUAGAACUAUAAUUAUAGUAAUAUACAUUCAAAAUUGUUCAAGGAAUAUUUUAACAGAGCCAUGACAUGACCAUAGACUUUUGAAACAUGUCCUCAUUUCGGUGUUCCAAUGUUUAAAGUGCAUUGACAAUAAAACAAAGAACCCAAGCAUCCUUACGGGAUUCUGUGAGCCUGUAUGAGAUGUGCAAAAAAGCAUAAUCUUGCAAUGGAAAUUCCUUUAAAAACAAUAAUUUUGUAAAUGCAGUUAAAAUAUUUUUAAAGUUUCAAGGUUGGUAAAAAAAAGAAAAAGAGUACAGUGUGUUUAGGAAGCUAGAUCCAUGAAACAAUUUUACAGUGUACUUUAGAUAUCGCUUUUAGCAAGUUGCUUAUUGAGGAUAAAAGAUAAAACUUUAGGUGCUAAGUUUUUGCUUGCUUUGAAUAUGUGAAUGAAGUAGUAGGUACAAGCAAACCUGCCUAUAAAUCGGGAAUCGAUUAGGAAUUAUCAUUUUAAUUUUCAAUCUUAAAAUUUUAAAAUUAAAAAUUAACAGUCUGAUUGAAAAUGUUUUAAUUCAGAAUUGGAACAGAUAAUAAAAUAGCAUUCUGUUUCAUUUGUGAAUAAUUCUGAAUACUUCGUAUUAAAAAUAAUAUAAUGGAUAGAAAAAACCCAUGACAGUCACAACAUACAGAAUUUAUUUAUAUUCAGAAACUUUCUGAAAGGGCUUCAAGUCUUUUGUAGUCUGGUAUUUUGUUAUAUAACAAAGAUAUAAGAUGCCUUUGUCCUUUAUAGCAGGUUUAACUUUGUAUAUAAAUUUCAUAAGCAUUAACUUAUUUGUGCAUUCAACAUCUCAAUGGAAUAACCAAAAGUUUAUUUUUUAAUGCAUUUUUCUGUACAGACGUCAAGUGAUUAAAUUCUGGGAUAUAUUUUUAUCAAUUCAUGUUUCUUUUACUCCAUUGUUUAAACAGUAGACAUAAAUAAUAAUCUUUUUUUUGUAAGCAGUAAUUAACUUGCCCUUUUUCAUUGGUCUUUCGAAACCUUAGUAUAACUCAAAACCUUAAGAUAACAGUACUCCCUGAGGGGAGGAACUGGUGAGAAGGGUGUAAAAUGUUAUUCAUGGGUCAAACUCUCUCCCCUCCCCCACCCCCUUCCGAUCCAAUCAAAUUUUCUUUUUUUCAAUAUAUUUUCAAGGGUAGUAUAACUGAGCUCCCCUAAAAGGUUUGCUCCCCACAGUACAGACACCCCCUGCACAGAGUCCUACACAUGCACAUGAUUUCCUCAAAAAUUGUUUAAGAGGAAUAUAUAAUUUUUAAUAACACUUACAUUUUAUGACAAAAUAUCUAUAAUCAUAUGCAUAAUAUAUAUAAAUGAAAUCCAGAUUUAAUUUCUCAAUAAGUUGUCUUGUAUAUUCAUAUUGAUUUAAUAUAGUAUAUAUAUAUAUAUAUGCAGUUUGCUCAUAGUGAAUUAGUAUUUUGUGUUUGUUGAAUAGUAGAGGUAUUAUUUUAUUGAUUUUAAAAUUAUGUUGAUAUUUAAUAUAUAUUUAUUUGUGUUGUUUUGAUUGAGUAGCUUUAUUAAUCUGUGAUUUAUACAAUUUGUAAUAUUCAAAUUUACGUAACACUAAUUUUUAUACAUGUAUAGAUUUCAAAGAAAAUUAAAGUGGAUUAUUUUAUUACUUCCAUCCUGAAUAUGGCUUAAUAUGUAGAAAUUGUGGAAUUGAAACAAUAUUUAAAAGUACCAAAAGGUUUGGAAACAAUGGAAACUCUCUAAAAAACAACAACAAAAAAACUAACAAAAACAACCCACUUAGAUUCUGCAUAUUCAGCCAGGCUAUGGUAAUUAUUUAACAGCUGGAUUCAUUUUGAUAUUGUUGUUUUUAAAAAAUGUUUCUUGAGCAUUCAACAAAAACAUUUUGGUAUAAAAACUUCAGUAUGCAUGGAAUGAAAGAUUUUGUUACCAAACAGUGUAAAUUCUCCACACGAUCUCCAUUCCCACAAGUUUCACCCAGAAAUACUUUACAUUCAUGAUAGUUGUAAGAGGAACACAGACUUUCACCAUGUUCCAUUCCACGUGUUACCUUCAUGACUAUACUCGAUACCAUUUUAAAAAAAUUUUUGUGUCAGGAUUGGUUUGUUUGUCUAAACUGCAGUAUUCAAUAAAUGCAUUUAUUAUUA